GCCCGAUAUGAUGCUGGGGGCAGGUAGGCAUCCAAGUCAGAUGAUGCAGCAGCCAGAGAAUUCGGGACAGUUCCAGCUGCAGUCCAUAAUGAACUGAUCAUGCCAGAGAGCUCGCGAUCCAGACACUCGAGAUGACCAUACUGCACCCAUCGACCAUGGACCGCCGAGUGUUCAGGACUCCAGGAGUGACAGCAGAACAGAGUGACGCGAAGACGGCAGCUUUCCCAGGUUGUCGACAGAGCCGUUCCUCGAAUGAUAACACUACUGGCACCGAGAUCGCCUCGAACAGCUACACAUUCAACGGCAAAUUCAAGCAUACUUCGCCAGGAGUGCAGUCAGGAGUCAGGCCCGUAUCCAAGAGUCCUAGACAGACGGAGACAACCCAGGCACAAGCCGCGAAUCAGUGAUCGCACUUGGUGGAACAGGCGAAGAAGCUUCUGGUAUAGCAGACCACGUCAGCAAGAGCAGAGAGUAUACUACAGCGCUGCAUGCCACUUGUGCGGCAGGAGAGAAAAAGCCCGGCCAUGUGUCUGUUUCACAUCCAACGCGCGAUUUCGGCAGUGAGCACAAAAGGCGGCAAUGCGUUGGGUGGAGAUAGUGAGAACCUCGCCACGCCAAAGAGAAGACGGCAAACUGGGCUUCGUAUUGCUGCCAAAACAGACAGGCAGUCGAGGCUUUUCCAGUUCUGUGGACAAAUUCAUUGGCGGCAAUGGUGUCCCAUAAACUCCCGGGCAGACCAGCACGAUCGAACGACGCCAGUGUUGAAGCUAUAACGUCUGCAUUCGGUGCCAGAUGAUCGUUGACGUGGGGACCAAGCAAGCCUCGUGGAUAUCAGAUCUAUCCUCCAAGCGGUCGUGGCGCUUGUAACCCACCUCGACCGGCCUGGUGGCUCCCGGUCGUCAGGAGAGUUCAGCCGACGCUGCAGCUAUUGUGUACACAAUGGCAGGCCCCCUUAUCGAAGUCCCAACCAGCUUAACAGGAGGUAUCCGAAGUAGAUGCGCCUGUAAACGGGUCCAAGGUAGGCAAGCAGGAAGUGCAUGGGCAAUCCAGGCAGACACUGACAUGCGACAUGCGCAGUCAGGAAUAGUCCAGGAAUACAAAGUCGGCUCCACUUCAGCUAGCUCAUACCGAGUUCGCAAGCGCUGAAAAGUUGACACAGGUAGGUCCAGUGCUGAGUCUCUUUCGUAUCUUCUUCUUGUCUCAUUCGGCUCUUCGAGCCAUAACCGUGUCCGUGAAGAGCAUGAAUCCACAUUUCAAGUCUCUAGUCAAGCUAGAACAGCCUGAUCACUGCUUGAAGAUGCUCUCUGUGGUGCAGCCCGAUGAAUGGGUUGGUUGACUCUGUGCUGAAAGCUUUUAUUCCUGGAAUGUGGUAAUGCUCUGUCCUGCGAGCAGUGUCCAACUUGGUGAUCGCCGAACCUACCACACCCAAGUGUAUGUCGAAGCAGAUCAAAACCAUUGAAAAUCUCCAGACGCUCUCCGCGCGUUGAGGAGUCCGGAUGUGCCCAUAUCACAGCAUUUCGUCGAGCUGCUACGUGUCUCAACAGAAGCACAGCCACUGAAGGCUCGAUGUCGCGGGGUGAAGGUACUGACGCUCAACACCUCCCCAUGCCCAAAGCACUGGAUCGAUGCAUGACAUUUCCCAGGUGCUCUCGAAAUAGUUCUGGGCCUUGAAUGUUUUCGACUUUGGGAACGUCACCGACAUUCGCAGAGCUCCAUGCUCCUUCGUGAUUUGCUGCGUAAGAUGUGCUUUCGUAUCCAAGCUCUUGCAGUGUCACUCGCUGUGCUUGACCUCAGCCCGAGCAGAGGUCAAAAUUUGGAGUGAUCUCGUCACUUCGUCGUUAUGUAUGUGAUUCGGUGAGUCGUGAAGGACUGCAUGAAUCUUCGUGCCAACACCUGCUCAUCUUGAGUCCAGGGGCUCAGCCUUGGCGAACGGAUGCAGUGACAACCGCAGCCAUCCAUACUGACCUCGGGGGCUCCAUUAGGAGAUCGAUAUGAGGGACGGUAUCAUACUUCUUGCUCUGUGUCAAUCGAACUAUUGUGCAGCCGCAGCAGGGCCAUUGACCAAUGCCCAAGCGCAUCUGCGCAACGGGUCUACCGAUGAAAAGUUCCGGCGAUCAGAACUUAGCAAAGCAGCCCAGCAGCCCCAGCUGAACCACAAUGAUGCAGGCAUCUCGCUGGCAUAGACCAAGAUGUAUAUGCUGGAAACCACUCUGAGCGCACACCAUUCCGGCGCAUACGUUCCAGCGCAUGCCGUCAAUUGCGCGGGAGGUUUGCGCGAUCCAUCCGUCCCUGGUUGGUGGGUUCACAGCGCUCCGAGUAUUGGAUGAGUUGCUGGUCAAGUUCAUCGCCUCCACAGCGGAGCGCGAAGUGGUCUAAAUGAGCUGCGGUCCGGAUCGGGCGUGAACUCAUGGCCAGCCACCGCCUAAGUGCGCCUUCUCACUCUGUUGGCGCCAUGUGAGGAUUCAUGGUUCAUCUCACGGCUGUGUUGUUACCCGAGUAUCGCUGAACGAGGGUCGGCGAUCGCGAGCACUGCUGCG